CUUUCACAGUAAGUAAGGCGAGUGGGCGAAAGCAGCAACUGGUCUGCCUGUGUGCUGUUGCAUAGCAGACACUGCACAAUAUUACUCAUUUCCUUAGCCUUGUGUACACGCACACACACAAACUCUCACACUGUUUCACAGUCAGCCUCAAAGCAUUUCGACGUGUUGUGACUCCACAGUUUGUCUGUAGAUUUGCGUACACCAUUGCCUUAGUGGUACAUCUACAUGAGAGUGUGUGUGUGUGUAUAACUGCAGAAAGGAGUGGUGUAAAACGGAUAUCUGCUCAUCACACCCUAUCAAGGUGAGUUGGAGUUCUGAGCCUGGCCGUGUGUGACACGUGGUGUGCGUGAUGCUGAUCAGCAGAAGAAAGUGUCUCUCUCCUGGCCCCUCAUUCUCCUCAGCAGCCCAUGUAACCUAGUGUGGCUCGGCAAGCCCUGGGGAUUGCCCCAUGAAUCCAAGCCCAGACCGCAGCAAAGAGUGUCUCCCCCCCAAGAAGCGGGAGUCCCGACAGGGCUCUUCAGAACAGCUGGCCUCGGAUGAUGACUUUAAACCCCCUGCCCCUCUCCGAAGCCAAAGGCACUACCACUCCACCGAUGGUCACAGAGAGAGUGGCAAUCUACUCCCACCCCCUCCACCCACACUCCUACCCCUUCCUCUGUCACUGCCCUGGCGUGCAUCCUACGCCCCGUCUAUGCAUCACACAUAUGUGCCGGUCCAGGUUGGUGAGAGGCAAGGAUUGGCCUCUGCAUCAUGGAGAGAGACAGUGUGUGGACGGGGUACAGAAGGGGGACUGGAGCACCAGGUUGCCCACCACUCCCGAUGGUGGCGUGGCGACACCCCCCCAAUGAGUCUGCAGCCACUGAUAUCCAUGCCCAUGUUCAAGAGUUUUUACGUAGGCGAGUCAAGAGAAAUAUGGCCUUACAGCCUCAGCCAACGAGAUUACAGCUCAACUCUGUUCUCUUCCCAUCUCCUUCCCCAGUCUACAGUCUAUCCCCAUGACACCAUCCCUGACAGCCACCACAGCUACCAAGCAAGACGGCCCAAUGGUGUUGAUGACCUAGACAGCAGGUUUAGCUCUAGCAGAAGAGUGCCCUCUUGUGAUGACUAUGGGAACGAUAGCAUGACCAGGUUGGACAGUUCCCAUGCCAAUGGCCGGAGGCAGAAUGAUGCAGCCAAAGAGAGCACUGGGAGGGGCCUUCUGCUACAAGAAAGCACAAGUGCACAUUCCUCACCAUGGGACAGGGACACCCAGGAAACUCUUAAAGCUCCAAUGUCCCCAGUAUCAGAUGCAAAGGCUGGAAAGGCUUCUCAGGACCAUUUUGGUGGAAGUGCCUCCAAGGGUGGAGCUCAGAUCUACUAUGCCCUAGGGUCCCUCUGCCCUACUGCUCACCAGAACCCUCAGGCUUACCCACAACAUCUACCCUCAGACCCCCCUUCUUGCCCCCUAAGGAACUCCCUGCACAGCCUCCGCAAAAGUCAUGGAACCGAGAUAGAAUGUGAUCCCUCUCCAGGGUCCUACCGCCCUGCAGUCGCUGUGCUCACUGGCCCUGACCCGCCCCCUUCUACAGUCCUACCUCAUUUUUCCAAAGGUUCCCUGAUUGAGCUGGCCGGAGGCCGUCUGAAGAAGGUGGAGGAGAUAAAGACAGAGGAUUUCUUACGCAGUGCUGACACUUUGCCUGAGUUUCAUCUGAGCACCUGCACUAUUCUGGUAAUUUCACCAGGACCCACCAAUGGCUUCAACAACUUGCAGAUCCUGCUCACAGAUCACAACACUCAGGAGCUACUCACAGUCUUAGCAGAGUAUCCAUUUUUCGUACGGGACCGAGGCUGGUCUUCGUGCAGUCCUCAGCAGAGCGCACAGCUGUAUGGCCUGCACUGCCGUCAACUCAGCACAGGCGAUGUGUGUCUGGUACUGACUCCCACACCCACUUCACUCCACUCAACGGCAACCCUUGCACACUCCAGCAGCCAGUCACUGCACUCAGGAGCAGGGCUGGAAUCUUGCACAGACACAGCAGAGAGAAUGCCCCCUCCACCUGCUCCUCCUCCUCUCCCCGUGGCCCAGCCUUCUCCCCCUGAAUGCCCCCACACCCGCAAAAGACACUGGUCCGCCCCCGAGCUCCAGUCGGGAAAUGAGACUAGCUCCCAUUUACCUCAAGGCUCCAAGCAUGAGAGACUGCAGUAACAAUCUUACUUAUCUUCACCAUGAGAAGACCAGGAGUGGGGAAGUCACCUGGAAAGGUUUAGCAUUUGAUUAUAAGUAACCUCAUGGAAUAGCCUGUCAAUCCUUUUCCUUCUGUGCUUUACUGUUAAAUGCAAGUUCAGAUGGGAAAGCCCUACAUGCACAAUAAGACAAUCAAAAAUCAAGUAUCUGUAAUGCCAUGCACCUUUUAGUUAUGCUAAUCUCAAGCCUUUUUCUGCAGGGUAUGUCUUUUCAAUUAGUAUUAAAACAUCCAAAUAAUAUUGGAUAAAAUACAGAAUUAUAUAAAUAUAUUACAAGUGUUUAGUGAAUAUGCUAAAAAACAAAAAAAACAAUAGAAGUCUUGUUUCAUGCUUAUGAACUGCAUUUGUACCUUCAGUCUAGCAGGCUAGCUGAAUGUAUUAGCUGCCUUCAGCCAAGCUUUCAGUGUGGGGUCAAUAUGCUAGUUCACUUUAGUAUUAUACUCCAGUCUGUUCUUACCAAGGGAAAAGACACUAAUAAUGGAAUUAACCACCCCGGCUGGAGUCUGAUCCCCACGCACACACCGUACAGGGGCUGGUGUUUUUUAAAGAGCUAUGGUGCUAAUGACACAUCAGAAAGGUCCUCUGGUGAUUGGUGGUUUCCCCUUUAAUGUUUCCGUGUGAUUGAGAGCAGGGAAAACUAUGGAAAUCUAGUGUUUUGAUCUCUGAUACGGGUAUAUCUACUCUUGAUCAAGCAUACUCUAUCACUUUAUUUUACUGAUUUAUUUUUGUUGUGGUGGUUUUUCAAAUAACUUUUGCUGUUAUUUUUUUCAUUAUAAAUGUUAUAGCUCUAAAAUUGUAUAUUUUUAAAGUUGUGA